UCACGUUGCGUCGCAGUUUGCAAAACAUUCGCAGUAAGAUGGCGCUGUCUGGAGGGGCGGACAGAGGAUCUCACAGCAUGGAUAAGAGCAUAACACUCCCUCCGGAUGAAAUCUUCCGCAAUUUGGAGAACGCCAAGAGGUUCGCUAUAGAUAUAGGUGGCUCUUUGACAAAACUGGCCUAUUACUCCACUGUUCAGCACAAAGUUGCCAAAGUAAGGUCAUUCGAUCAUUCAGCGAAGGUAAGCUUGCAGGAAACAGAUGGCGACCCUCUUUAUGAGAUAUCUGUACAGGAAGAGAUUACUGCCCGUCUUCACUUUAUCAAGUUUGAGAAUGCUUACAUUGAAACCUGCCUGGAUUUCAUUAAGGACCACUUGGUUAACACAGAAACCAAAGUCAUCAAAGCUACUGGUGGAGGGGCGUACAAGUUCAAGGACUUGAUAGAGAAAAAGUUAAAGCUAAAAGUGGACAAAGAGGAUGAAAUGACUUGUCUGAUUAAGGGAUGCAACUUUGUUCUGAAGAAUAUCCCACAUGAGGCUUUUGUGUAUGCCAAACACGCUGAUUCUGAAUUCCGGUUCCAGAAUACACACCCGGACAUCUUCCCAUACCUACUUAUUAAUAUUGGCUCUGGAGUCUCAAUAGUAAAGGUUGAAUCAGAGGACAAAUUUGAGCGUAUUGGUGGCAGUUCUAUAGGUGGUGGCACUUUUUGGGGUCUUGGAGCAUUACUCACAAAAACUAAGAGGUUUGAUGAACUUUUGCAGUUAGCUUCCAAAGGACAACACACAAAUGUGGAUAUGCUUGUUAAAGACAUCUAUGGAGGUGCUUACGGGUCCCUGGGUUUAACUGGUGACCUCAUUGCAAGUAGCUUUGGGAAAUCAGCCACCACAGACAAAGAGUUCUCCAAAGAAGACAUGGCAAAGAGUCUACUGCAUAUGAUAAGCAAUGACAUUGGACAGCUGGCCUGCCUCUACGCCAAACUGCAUAACCUUACCAGAGUCUAUUUCGGAGGAUUCUUCAUUCGAGGACAUCCUGUCACCAUGCACACCAUCACCUAUAGCAUCAACUUCUUCACUAAGGGGGAGGUCCAGGCUUUAUUUCUAAGACAUGAAGGAUAUCUUGGUGCUAUUGGGGCCUUUUUAAAGGGGGCAGAAGAAGACAACCCUAACCAGUACAGCUGGGGAGAGAACUAUGCUGGCAGCUCUGGUCUCAUGAGUGUAUCUCCAGACUUAAAUCCCGUGCAGCGGGCUCGUAGCGGAACGUUUUCAUUUGACAUGUUGGAGAUGGACCGCCUGGAGAGGCAGCUCGUGAACCUCCCCCUGCUGCAGGACCCAACCUCUUAUAUCCCAGACACAGUGGACUUGACUGAGGAUGCUUUGGCUCGGGAGUACUGGCUCUUCUGCUUUGAGGAGGCAUUGGAUGGGGUGGUGAAGCGAGCCGUGGCUAGCCAGAAAGACCAACCAGAGGCUGUGGAGAGGGCAGAGAAGUUUCGUCAGAAAUACCGUCACAAACUCCAGACCCUCCGGCACCAGCCUUUUGCUUAUGGAUCCCUCACCGUCAGAAGUCUUUUAGACACAAGAGAACACUGUUUAAACGAGUUCAACUUUCCUGACCCCUACUCUAAGAUCAAGCAGAAAGAGAAUGACAUGGCCCUGAAAUACUAUCUAAAGGUGGUGAAGUCAGUAGAGGAGCUGAGCUGGGAGCAAAGACAGUUCACUUUGGUCAAAGGCCUCCUGGCCGGCAACGUUUUCGACUGGGGAGCCAAAGCCGUGUCAGACGUGCUUGAAUCAGAUCCAGACUUUGGGUUUGAACAAGCAAAACAACAACUACAAGAGAGGCCAUGGCUUGUGGAUGCCUACAACCAAUGGAUUGAGAGAAUGAAGGGUCCUCCUCAUAAAUGUGCAUUGUUUUUCGUAGAUAAUAGUGGAAUAGACAUUAUUCUCGGGGUUUUCCCUUUCAUUAGAGAACUCCUCAUCAGAGGCACAGAGGUUGUGCUUGCCAGUAACUCAGGCCCUGCCCUAAAUGAUGUCACUAACAGCGAGCUGCAGAUCUUAACUGAGAGAAUAGCUGCCAUGGACCCUGUCAUUCAGUGAGUUCUCACCCUUAUUACCUGUGGUGAAA